UGCGUUGCUGGUGUGCAAGCCUCGCCGGGGUCCUGCGGGUAAUCCGCAGGGUGCCGGGGCCGUCGGGGCUUUGUGCAGCGUUCCCGCGCGCUAGAGGGGCGGGACGGCGCGGUGCCCAAGGGGCUCGUGCACGACCUCCCGAGGCCCCGGGGCCCGCGGCCGCCCGCCGGGACGGCCUGCCGGUGCCUGGCACUUCUGCCGCCUUCGUUCCGACAGGCGCGGACGGGAUGACUCAUUUUAAAGAUCCAGAUCCGCGCGUCUGGCACCGGCACCGCGUGCCCUGCCCGGCGGGGAUUUCGAGUUUGACAGCUCCUCGGGCCCGGCGCAGAGAGGGAAAAAUGUUUAUUUCUUUGUGGGAGUUCUUCUAUGGGCACUUUUUCCGAUUUUGGAUGAAAUGGGUCUUACGACAGAUGACUGGAAAAUGUGAAUUGCAGCGAAUUUUCGACACCUAUGGAGGCGCACAGAGGACAUACAGGAUAGAAAAUUCCUUGACAUAUUCCAAGAGUAAGGUCCUCCAGAAUGCAACACGAGUUGCUGAGAGUGAACUGGACAGAUGUGUAGCAGACAUAAUGAAGGAAAAGAACAUCUGCCCCAAGAAAGACACCAGUUUCCAAAUCUGCAUGAGGACGUGCUUACUGCAGAUAACUGGCUAUAAGCAGCUCUACCAGGACGUAGAAAACGUGAGGAAAAAACCCUAUGAUUCUGGCAAUGCGCAGCAUGAGAAGCUGCUCCUCAAGCUCUGGAAUCUUCUGAUGCCUACGGAAAAGCUGAAGGCCCGAAUCUCUAAGCAGUGGGCGGACAUUGGUUUCCAAGGUGAUGAUCCCAAAACAGACUUCAGAGGCAUGGGCAUACUCGGCCUAAUCAAUCUUGUGUAUUUCAGUGAAAAGUACACCAGUGAGGCGCACCAGAUUCUUUCCCGUUCUAAUCAUCCCAAAUUAGGGUACUCUUAUGCAAUAGUUGGGAUCAACCUCACAGAGAUGGCUUAUAGCUUACUCAAGAGCGAAGCCUUGAAGCUUCAUCUCUACAACUUCGUUCCUGGGAUACCAACAAUGGAGCACUUCCACCAGUUUUACUGUUACCUUGUCUGUGAAUUUGACAAGUUUUGGCUUGAAGAAGAACCAGAAAGCAUUAUGUACUUCAACCUGUACAGAGAGAAGUUUCAUGAGAAGAUUAAAGGACUCUUAAUGGAUUACAAUGCUGUACUCACUUUGAAAACAUGAAACAUCAUAGUGUCUUCUCUUUCUACCACGUUUUGCACAUACAGCAGAAUUUAUAUGUUAUAGAAAUUAUCUGAUCAACUACACUCUUAUAUAUAAUUUCCUACAAAAUACUUGAGAACUCUAUUUAAGAAAGCUAGUGGACAAUCAGUGUAUGUUUACAGUUGUUUAUACACUGUUCUCCACAGGUUCCGCACCCUUCCAAAGAGCCCUUCUGGAGUCACAUAAACUACAGUUUGGAACUUGGGACUUAACCUGUUAGUUUAAAAGUAUGAAUCAGGUAUAUUUAUAUUUAGCCAGUUGAUUAAAAUGUGCACGAACCUCAUUUUUAGGUGUUGUAGCUCUCAAGCUGGUAUCACUCUCAAAAUUUCAGAACUCUCCAAGAUUAUUGUUCAGUCUGGAAGUGGGUUUUGAGUGUGCUUCUCUUUUUUAUUUCUAGACAGACAGGCACCAGGUGAGCCCUAAGGCUUUCUUUGAGUCUCAGCACUUGUCAGGAUGUUCUUUCCGUAGAGUGGGGGGAGCAUGGCUCUGUCAGAGGGUGAAGAAUCAUGGCUUCCUUCUCUGAUGGCUGACCAUAACAGAAAAUGAGAGAAUGGUAGUAUGGGAGACUAGCUUUUCAUUUAUGAGUAACACACUUUAGAGGUCUUAUUUCAAGGUUUCUAAGCAUUUACUCUUGCUCAGUAUUUGCUUUUUAUCAGCUGUAUAGAGAGAACCUUCCUCACAGCUGUGAGGCCCUCUGUCUCUGCAUUAGUAAGGAGGUGCAUCUACUCAGAAAAUCUGGACUUUGGAAACAUGGUUUCUUUUAAGAUCAAACUGUCUUUGAAACUUACACAGGAAGAAAACUUAGAGCUUUCUCAAAAUGUCUGUUUUCCAUCACUGGCAUGUUAAAAUGUCUGUUUUCCAUCACUGGCGUGUUAAAAUGUCUGUUUUCCAUCAUUGGCAUGUUAAAAUGUCUGUUUUCUAUCAGUGGCAUGUUAAAAUGUCUGUUUUCCAUCACUGGCGUGUUAAAAUGUCUGUUUUCCAUCACUGGGUGUUUGGCUUGCUGCUCACUUUUGCUUGUCCUUGCCUUGACUCUGGUGUUUCUGGGUAAUGUUGUAGGGACCCGAUUAACAGGCUGUGGGGGCCGUAGCCUGGACCAUGACUGUGCGUUUGUAUAGCUUUACCCCCCCCCCCCCAAUCUCAGGAGGGCAGCAAGUACUGUUGGGGAUCAUACAUGAUGAGGUUUCCUCUUGGCAAGUUUUAGAGACUUGUUCUCAGAGCAAAGUUAAAAGAGUCUAAAGUUAGGAAAGAUUAUUGGUUUGUGAGGCAGUUUUAUGUCCUGUGGAAACCGGUUCACAAUAUAAUAACUUAAUCUCAAACAUGGUGAUAUUUUGCACAUCUUUUAAUAUCAGGUAUCUAAAGACUAGCUCAUGUGGUAGAGGAAGAUUUGGUAUUUUCCAACAGUUUGUCCGUGUCUUUUGAUAAGUUCCUGUCUUCACGCUGGUCGAAGAGAGAACGGUACAGAUGUCCCACGGGAAAGCCACAGCUGUAGUGUUGUGUAGCACGUGCAUUACAAUACAUGGGUUAAAAUUGUUUUUCCUUAUGGAAGAUGAAACUUUUUCUAAAAGUAGGUUUGUUUUAUAAUACGAGAAAGGAUUUAGCUUUUCAGUAUUAUAGGAACUUAAUAAUUGAUUUCUUAUAGGGGACUUUCUCAACCCUGGUAAUAUAUUCAUUUCACUUUUGAAAAAUCUUUUGUUGUCCAGGUUUUAUGAUAUAUUGUAACAAAACCCUAACGAGGAGCAUAUGUCCGCCAUUAUCGUUCAUUGUAUUAUAGUGUUAACUUUUCCAUGGAAAGCAAUUGUGUAAGUCUUUAACUUUUGCACUAAAAAUAGUUACCAUUUAUUUUAAUUUUUCAACAGCUUAGAUCUUGAACUGAUUGAACUCUUUAUCAGCCUAUUUAAUAAAAAGAGUACUUGAAAGGUGACGGAGGAAAUUUUUAAGUAAUAAAGCAUUUCCCAGCAGAAAACCUCUAGUGACAUGUCAUAGUUUAGUUAAUGUCUUAAUUCUCCUUUGUUUGUACAUUACAGAUAUUGUUUGUUUUUUACUGAAAUUAUUAUUAACCAUUUCAGAUACUUACAUAGUGAACUGAUCUAUAAGCCAAUGACAGCUUCAGAGGUCUAGAAUUUGACUGUCACUGGUUGUACAUGAGACUGUGACACGAACCCUCUGGCUGACAGUUUAGGCAUAUGCAGGGAGGAAGACACAGUUUCAAAGGUGCCAGAAUUAUGUAGUUUGAAAACCCAUGGGUAGGUCUUUAUCUGUGUCUAGAACUAGGAAAUGACAGCGCAGCAAUUGAUGGUCACAGCAUCGAAGUAGCAGGGAAGUUAUGUUUCUUUUAGUAGAAACAAAUCAAUGUGGAAACGAAUUUUCGUAUGUGCGAGGUUGAAGAGAUUUUACCAGUGACAAGAGUAGCAUAAAAAUGUAACUGCAACAUUUCCAGUUCAGAUGCUUUCAAAGACAAUCUUUUUAAAAAUGGGAGACACCGGUGUCACUGAAUCCAGACCCGCCUCUUUGUAAAUAAAUGUAACAGUACAGCUAGGUAUAAAAAUGAAUUUCAACUGGCACCAUCUACAGUUCAGAAACCAGAAUCUUUUUCUUAAUAAUCCCUAGCCUGGUUUUUUUUUUCUUUCUAUUUUAGUAGCUACUUGGAUUUGUAUGUAUUUUUCUAUGAAAAUGUAUGCACUCAUGAUUCUUCCUUCAGUGUUGGCCACCAUUCAUGCCGUUCUGUCCAUUGUGAAAGAGACUUUGAUUAAAAGCUUUGCUCAAAGGGAAAAACCACACUACUUGGGUGUGAAAAGCACCUGCUCGUUUCUGUGGGGAGGGUGUCAUGGCAUGCCUGGAGGGUGACAAUCUUGAUUCUUGUGAUCGUGACUGAGCACCAGCAGCUGGGUCCUCGGGAUAGAUGCUCUCUUCUAAUCCAUGAAGAAUCCCGUGGCUGGUGAGGCUUUGUGUCACGUUCAUGUGUGGAGUCUCCACACAAGCAGCUUUUAAAUGGAGAUGAGUGGGCUUGUUCAUGCGUGAGAAAUAUCAUGCCUUGUGGUUUUGGUUUUUUUCUGCCUCCAGUUUUUGUUGAGAAAAAAAGUUUCAAAUGUAGUGUAGGUAGUACCCAACAACCACAUUAACUUUGGUAGCGUAGGUCUAUGUUUUUGUUAAAGUACUGACAAAUAUUUAAGCAGUAGUGUUCCCUGGAGGGAAAGUACUGGCUGGCAACUUAAAUUUUUGUCUAUUUUGCAUCAAGCAUUUGAGUUUCAAGUAAAAGCAAUAGUGUGAGAUGUGUUGUCCUUUUGUUUGUGAUGUUAAGUGAGAAAAUAAAAACAGCUGAAACUGUUGCAAGCCUUUCUGUGGA